AUGACAGUAGCCCCUUACCCCGCCAGAGUCUCCGGUCCAAACGGUUUUUGGUGCCUUCCAGACGGCUUUGACGGCUUAUGCCGGGUCGCUGAUGAAGGGGGGGCCGUCGGUCUUCAAAAAUCAGCACCCGCCCCUUCUUAUGAGCCCAGCGAUAUCCGUCAUGUACCUAGCUCCCCCAACAACGCCUUCACACAUUCUCAAGCACGCACACGGCCUGCGAGUGGCACGGACACGGCCCGCCUCAGAUUGUACCACAGACUCGCCUCCAGCUUCACGCCCCCCGCCCAGGUCCGGCCCCAGGCAGAGAGCCCCGGAGCAGCCCGCGAGGACACGGGCGACGCCGACGCCGCCCGGCUGACGCACACGGACGCGGACGGCCGCGCCGCGAUGGUGGACGUGGGGGGGAAGGCGCCCACGCGCCGCACCGCCUCGGCCCGCGCCACCGUUCUCCUGGGCGCCGCCGCCUUCCGCCUGCUGCGGGACAACCAGCUGGCCAAGGGCGACGCGCUGGCCGUGGCGCAGCUGGCCGGCGUCAUGGCCUCCAAGCGCACGGCGGAGCUCAUCCCCCUCUGCCACCCGCUGCCCCUGGACCACGCCGCGGUGGGCCUGGAGCUGGACCCGGCGCGCCACGCCGUGGUGGUCACCGCCAGCUGCCGCACCACGGGCCGCACCGGCGUGGAGAUGGAGGCGCUGACGGCGGCGGCCGUGGCGGCGCUGACCCUGUACGACAUGUGCAAGGCGGUGAGCCACGACAUCGUCAUCACGGAGGUGCAGCUGGUCCACAAGACGGGCGGGAAGCGAGACUUCCAGCGCGCGCCCUGAGACGCCGCUCGGUUGAAAGUGUGUGUCUGUGUGUGUGUGUGUGUGUGUGUGUGUGUGUGUGUGUGUGUGUGUGUGUGUGUGUGUGUGUGUGUGUGUGUGUGUGUGUGUGUGUGUGUGUGUGUGUGUGCGUGUAUGCGUGUGAUUGUGUGUGUCGCUCACUCUGAUGUUGGUGAUUGAUUGUUGUGUUAGAUCAUUGACCCUUGCUGGCCAGCAUUGUCACAUACCAGCUAGAGGGGUCCAAUCAAAAUCAAACUACUGUUUACUAAUGUUGUAACUAAUGCUAUUGACAUAAUUGUAUUAGUGUUGCUCUCUCGGUUAGGCUACAUGGGAUGAGUUGGAACCGUGUGUAGAAGAUGUACAUAAUGUAGUUGGUUAUAUCCCCUUAACAGCAUCAGCAUGUGUUGACGUGUGCAAACAACCCUUUUGACUUCUGACAGCUGCUAAAGAAGAACGUGAAGUAUUGCAUUACUGAAUCUCUGUGUAUCUACUCCUAUUAAAAGAUGUACCUGUAAUGUAAUUUGCAAAGAUGCAAACCCUACAUUUUGAAUAAUGAAAAUGUCAUAACCAUCAUUUUUUAUAUCUCAAAUUGAAACUCCCAGAUAAGAGGGCUAGACAAAUACAUUUAAAAAUAUUUUUUAGCCCCAUUUUUAACAAGAUCAGACUGGUGCUUACUGAUUACAGGUGUGGCCAAUCAUAGUGUGACUGUGAAACAUGCUGAUGAAGACAAUGGAUAGUUAGCCACACAAAGCUCAGCUACAUGGACUACUGUAUAGUAUCCACAUUCCAUAGAGAAAGCUCCUCUCCAUCCAGUGUUUGGUGUCGGAGCCUCACCAGUAGCUUCCAGUGCCAGUCCAACUGGGAACAGCCUCCAGUUGGUGUCCCUGAUAACUCUGUCCUGGUCUACACCAGGAGGGCUUGAUUUAGAAACACAACAGACACCAGAAUCUGUUCAUGGUAGUAUUUAUUAAUACUACCGUGAACAGAUUCUGGUGUAAAAUAUCGCUCUGAAUAUUCGACAAUUAAUCGCCAGUGGAAAAGUGAAUAGUGCAAAUAGUGAAUAGUCCAAAAAUAAACAAGAUAACACUUUUUGCCAGGAUUUGUUUGUUUUUAUUAGCGUGACGAGACGGACAUUUUGCGAGGAAAACAAUAUCUCACGUUUGAGAUCUCAAUCAUGGGAUAUUGCCCAAUAUCCCAAGGUAGCAAACCAAUCAAAUUGCGCCAUCUUAGGAGGUUCACGUGUAGCAUAUACUAAAUAAAUAUAGCUAAAGCUUAUAACUUGCCAAGUAGUUGAAAGCGGUGAAAUGCCAUUGCAGAUUUAACACAUAAUUUAACUUGUAGUAUUGCACAAAGAUACAAUAAAGGAAAGGGCCAUACAGGCUUCCUUUUAGACUUCAUGGUGAAAAUGUUUACAUUUUUAGAUUAAAGUAGGCUACCUUUGUCAUUGUCACACACACAUCUUCAGUUUGUUAAAAAGCAAUUAUCAUUAUACUUUGAUGGCAACUAACAAUCUCUUCUGGUUAACAACCGAUAAGUUCCAAAGCUAAAUUCGAGAAAGACCCACUAUUUUUUUGAUUCCUCAAUGGCAUCAAUGAGAAGCUUGUAUUCAAAGGAAUCUCUCUUAAAGUCGCCAUCUACGUCAUAAUGAUCUGUGAUAUGCUCACACAGCUCAACCAGCUCUUCCAUAUCGAUGAUGUUUCUACCAAAGAAAAAAUCUAUCAUUUUCAGAAAGCCAUCACUGUAGAUUCUCAUCGUUCUAUCCCUUCCAAAUCUUUCUUCCGGGUGAUCCCUCUGAAUUCCUGUAACAAAUGCACACAUAUGAAUUAGGCAAAACAGCUGCAGAGCUGUAGAUAGUCACCAAGUAGUUAAUACAAACCUGCUUGUUCUCUUAAUUCCAUGGAAGAAAUUGGGUGGCUGACCAAAAAUGUUAGCUUCAGCGCUGACACCACUUGUCCUGUGGCAAAUGCAUUUGCGAGAACAGCCCUGUGGACAGAAUACGUGCAGGGUGAGGGCACAUUGGAAACAUUCUCUCAACAGUCCAAAGGUUUUUGAUGAAAGAAACCCCAGCAACCAUGGUUGUAAAUAGAGAUGUAUGACCCGGCAUGACCUAUGUUGACUACUACUGCUUUGAAUAUGAUUGAGAAAUAGGAAAUAGCCGCAGCUAGGGGUUCAUGAGCACACCACACAAUGUGCUUUCAUGGUCGGAUGCAGAAAUGGGUGUGGCUUGGUAAGGGGUGAACUGUGGAGUCGGCCCUUGUGCAUGUGUUGGGCCAUAAACAUCUGGAACUAACAGCUUUAACAUUAAGCCUGGUAGCAGGGACAGUGGCAGGGCAAUCCUUUGUUUGGUUCUGUUUUUGGGCUCUUUUUCUACAUGUGUGAUUCCAUGGAAAAAUACUGUUUUGGUUUUUACUGCCUCUGUCUCAUUAGUACUACAUCGGGAAAUUCACCCUCUUGUUGUUAAUUGCCAUAUUCGUUUUUUGUAACACAGCUGUGUAAUAACCUGAUUGUUUUAUCUUUGUAUGGUUUGGGUGUUGGAUGUGAGUGUGAGUGUGUGUGUUUAAUGUUGAUCUGAAGAGGAUCAGUGGGUGAUCUAAAACUAUUGGAAGGAAAGAGAGUACCUGACGGCCACAGACUCUCUACUGUUGCCGGUUGUCAGAGCCGUCCUGUGUUGGCCCGUGAGGACCUGUAGGGUGAAGAGAUCUCUCCCUUUUGGAUCCUUCUUCUGCAACAUUUUCAAAAGCCCCUCAAAUUUUUCGCUUUCUCCCAAUAUCCAAAUCAAAGGCUCUUCUGCCGCUUUCUUCAGGGAGUCCUUGGGUGGCAUGUGAUCCGCUUCAACUACCCCCUUGUGCCCAGGGUUCCCUGGGCCCCUGGAGAAUUCCCUGUGGUUCUUGAGGACACUGAAAGCACAGAACAUCUGCUUUACCAAAACAUAUUGGGACACAUUUUUCUGGCGCGAUUGCAGGGUCCCACAUCUGCCUUAUUAGAUUGAUAGUGUGUCAAGAUUCAAGUGUGGCACAGUGGCAGUUUCCAAUCUAAUCUGUCUAAUCAGUUUUAAGUGACAUAUUCCCGAGCAAACAACUUAUAAUUACGUCCAUGAGUUCUGUACUAUUAUAUAGGUUACAAUAAGAUAUCAAGGUCUGGGCAACAUUGAGAAGUGAUUGAGAGUCAAUGGGGAGUUUCCAUAAAAUUAUAUACGACAAGGUAAUUGCACUUUAGAUUUUACUAUUGUUGUAAUUUCUGACGGUGGAUAAGAUCCACUUUUUGUGGCAAUAUUGGUUGAUUAAAUCUUGAACCUUUUGGGUAAAAAACGAACUUUUUUAUCAGAUUUAGGUAGUAUCCUC